AUGGACUCCCCCCAUCCUGGACCCCAGAAGGUCACCAUCUUCUUCUCAUCUCGAAACUCAACGCAUCUCGAAAACGACCGGAGCAGUUUCCGUUGCCACUGGUGCACAAGACAGCGACGGGGAUAUGGCAUCACAGUAAGCAAAGUCUACAAGAUCUGCGUAACUUGCCUCUCCGCUUCCAUGGACCGACGACUCGCAAACGGCAACACCUGGGAGGAAGCUUGGGAUCACGAGAAUUUACCUCCACGGGCUCCGACGACGCGAUUGAAGAGGAAGCCGAAGAUGCUGUUUCGUGGGGAUUCUGGGGAAUAUAAGGUGGCGGUCGAGACGGAGGCGUACGUCCCUCCCCACCAAGAGCGGGACGUUGCUGGAACGGGGAGCCUCAGUGAGCUCGAACGGAACGCGAGAUUGGUUCGAUGGCUGUAUGAAGAUGGAGACGAAGAUGAUGGACGAUCCGGCGAGGCGCGAUUGGGACUUACGGCGUAG